AUGCUGCUAGAGCCGGCCAAUGCGGGUGCCGACCCUGCCCUUGCUCUCGUUCGCGACAUCUACCCCGCCGACCUCCUCGUCCCCGUCUCGCAUGCCAGACCCCGACAACCGGGCGAGAAACCCUUCGUAACCCUCACGUAUGCCCAGUCGUUGGAUGGCAAGAUCGCGGGAAAGGGCGGGAAGCAGCUCCUGCUGAGCGGGCAGGAGAGCAUGACCCUCACACACCGGCUACGACAGCUGCACGACUCGAUCCUCGUCGGAGUGGGCACAGUCAUCAACGACGACCCGCAACUGACAGCCCGCAUUCCUCAUCUCCUACCCCUUAAGGACCAGCCACUACCGAUCGUGCUGGACUCAUCCUUGCGCAUGCCGCUCACCUCGAAACUUCUGUCGAAUGCUCGCAAGGGCAUCAGUAAAGCUCCGCUGGUCGUCUGCAAGCGUCUCAGGGUCGGCGAAAAGGGGUUGGAAAGCCAGGCAAUAUCAGAGGCUGGAGGGAAAGUCUACAUCGCGAAUGAUUUUGGUCGCGGCAUCGACUUGCGCAAGUUUAUACACGACCCUGCCGCAACACCUUUUCUCGGCCGCUCGCUCAUGGUCGAAGGUGGAGCCUCGGUCAUCUCCUCCUUCCUCGCGACACCCGGCCUCGUCGACCUUGUCAUCGUCACUGUCGCGCCUGUACUAGUAGGAGACGAGGGAGUCAGCGUCACGAAGGAGGGAGUCGACCUUCCUCGACUCGAACACGUCCGGACGCAAGUCUUCGGGAAAGACGCGGUCUUUGUCUGCAAGCCAGUGUAUCCUUAA